AUGAAGGAAGUGUGUAGAGAGCUCUGGUGCCUUAGCAAAAGCAACCGCUGUGUAACUAACAGUAUCCCUGCUGCAGAGGGGACUCUGUGCCAGACUGGCAGCAUCGAGAAGGGGUGGUGCUACCAGGGGGAGUGCGUGGCAUUCGGUACCUGGCCUCAGAGCGUGGACGGAGGCUGGGGGCCGUGGUCGCUGUGGGGGGAGUGCAGCAGGACCUGUGGGGGCGGUGUAUCCUCCUCCAUGAGGCACUGUGACAGCCCAGCCCCGUCUGGAGGAGGCAAGUACUGUCUCGGAGAGAGAAAGCGAUACCGAUCCUGUAACACUGACGCCUGCCCUGCGGGAUCUCGUGAUUUCCGAGAGAAGCAGUGCGCCGAUUUUGACAGCAUGCCUUUCCGUGGGAAGUACUACAACUGGAAGCCUUACACUGGUGGUGGUGUUAAGCCCUGCGCUCUGAACUGCCUGGCAGAGGGUUAUAACUUCUACACAGAGCGCUCUCCUGCCGUCGUAGAUGGCACCCGCUGUCAGGCUGACUCUCUCGACAUUUGCAUCAAUGGAGAGUGCAAGCAUGUGGGCUGCGAUAACAUCCUGGGCUCUGAUGCUAAGGAGGAUCGAUGCCGUGUCUGCGGAGGAGAUGGCAGCACCUGCGAGGCCACCGAGGGACUCUUCAACGAUUCCCUGCCCAGAGGAGGCUACAUGGAGGUGGUUCAGAUCCCCAAAGGAUCAGUUCACAUUGAGAUUAAAGAAGUUGCCAUGUCAAAGAAUUAUAUUGCGUUGAAAUCCGAGGGGGAUGAUUAUUACAUCAACGGAGCAUGGACCAUCGACUGGCCAAGAAAGUUUGACAUCGCAGGGACGGCCUUCCACUACAGGAGACCCUCGGACGAACCAGAGUCUUUAGAGGCACUGGGGGCCACCACCGAAAACCUGUUUGUCAUGGUCCUCCUGCAGGAGCAGAACCUCGGUAUACGCUACAAGUUCAACGUGCCCAUCCAGCGCACAGGCAGCGGUGACAACGAGGUGGGCUUCUCCUGGCACCACCUGCCCUGGUCUGAAUGCUCAGCUACUUGUGCUGGAGGCUCCCAGAAGCAGGAGGUGGUGUGCAAGAGGCUGGACGACAACUCGGUGGUGCAGAACAGCUACUGUGACCCAGACGGCAAACCUCCAGAGAACCAGAGAGACUGCAACACUGAGCCGUGUCCCCCAGAGUGGUUUAUUGGUGACUGGUCAGAAUGUGGGAAGACAUGUGAUGGUGGGAUCAGGACGAGGACGGUCCUGUGCAUCAGGAAGAUCGGCCCGGCUGAGGAGGAGACACUGGAGGACACCCACUGUCUGACUCACCGGCCCAUCGAAAGAGAGUCCUGCAACAACCAGUCCUGCCCGCCAAAGUGGGUCACUCUGGACUGGUCUGAGUGCACACCUAAAUGUGGCCCUGGCUUCAAACACCGCAUCGCCUUGUGUAAGAGCAGCGACCUGACCAAGACCUUCCCUCCUGCCCACUGUCCGAGCCACAACAAACCUCCGGUCCGAAUCCGCUGCAGUUUGGGACGCUGCCCUCCUCCUCGCUGGAUCCCUGGAGAAUGGGGACAGUGUUCAGCGCAGUGCGGCCUCGGCCAGCAGAUGAGGACGGUGCAGUGUUUGUCCUACACCGGACAGCCUUCAAAUGAAUGCGCAGAGUCCCUCCGACCCACCACCAUGCAGCAGUGCGAGAGCAAGUGCGAUGCCACCCCGAUCUCCAACGGCGAUGAAUGCAAAGAUGUCAACAAAGUAGCCUACUGCCCGCUGGUGCUGAAGUUCAAGUUCUGCAGCCGAGCAUACUUCAGACAGAUGUGCUGCAAGACUUGCCAGGGGCACUGA